AUGGGUGGAGAGUCAGAGCACGGCAGCCCUUGCGGCCUGCAGUGGGAGCUGGUGCAUAGCGACGAUGAGGUCGUCAUGGAACUUGGGCAAGACCUUGCUGAAUCUGCGUGCGACACGGAAGCAUCGGGCGUUGCUUUCGAAAUGCCGCCGUGCCAGAUUGACAUGGAUGGCCAUCCUGGUGUGUCCUUCGAGGAUGGCCUUGACAAUGUCAGCUUGGAGUCCAACGAGUGGGUCCCAGGAAUGAACUGUGGCUCGACCAUAUGUUCGCUGAGCCCUGCUCUCCAGCAGGCACAGGUGCUGAUAGUUAACACGGUUGCAAAUAUCAAGAAGCUUCCGAAGCAGCUGACAAAGGAUAUGCUCUGCGGGUUUACUGACAUCAAGGGCAGCACUGGCAAGUCAUACACAGAAGUGCUGGCAGCUAACCUGCUGGGACUGUCACGGCAAACAGUUUCAAGAUGCUGGAGGGAUGUGGAAGCCAAUGGUUGGACGCCCAUUCAUCGUGAACCAUUACAUCCAGAGCGGAAACUGCAGCCAAGCAAGCCAUCGCACACGGUGGAUACGGAGGAAUCCCGGUGGCAGCCAAGCAGGCCAUCGCACACUGUGGAUACGGAGGAAUCCCGGUGGAGGAAGAGCGCCACGGUUUGCGUCCGAACUGCCAUCGGCUGUGCUGUGGAAGGGCAGUCGAGAACAUCCUUCGAGCGUGAAGUGGCACGGCUCCGGCUUUGUGGCGUGGAUGUGGACGGCGCGAUGUGCCACUCACGCAAGUUCUGCGUGGAGGUAGAAUACUUGACAAAUCAGGUUUUGCAUAUGAUGAACGCCAACGAUUGGUGCUCUGUUCUCGGAGGCUUGGGAAUUGAAUCUGAUUUCGCUGUCAUGGCCGACCCAGUUUCAUUAGGAAAGUGCAGUGCCUUUCCCCGCAACGAAACAGUCCUAGUCGCCAAUCUGACCAUCGUCAGCGCAGAGGAUGGCUCUCUUGUAACCCCGAUGCUGGACUACCGAACGCUCGGAAUUGGAUGCCACAGCGGCUCUGAGACGACACGACUGCUUCUGGAGAUGCUAUCGCAACAUCCCAGUAUGCUGGAUCUGCCCAUCUUGAAGGCUCGAUUGGCCAUGAUUGAUGGUGACGGGCAAAUAGUGAAAGGGGGUGCGCAAGCCCGACAUUCCAGUGGCGGUGCCGCCGAGUUGCUCUGGCAGCGCGUGCAUCCAGAGGCUGAGCCCGACUCUUUGGUCGUGUGCACACGUUGGGACGACUUUCACAGGAGAGUGGGAGCCACCGGAGCCGGUUUGAGGGGCCCCGGAGGGACCCGGAAGGUCGUGUACCUGAGCGGAGCUCCAGGUGGUUUGAUUUCGAACUACCAGAUUGUUCUUCUAUGUCUUCAUGGUAAAGUCGCAUGGAAGAAAGAGGGCAAAGGCAAUGUUUCGCUGACCAGCCUCUUUGAAGUCGGCCGGCGUCUUCAAGAGCCCUCCUUCGUGUUCUUUUUGGUCGGGUUCGACGUGGCACUGCUGAAGAUUGUCCGGCCCUUCGCACUGAUCGUCCAGAAAGCGGAAGAGGCAUCUGUGGUAGAGAAAGCCAGACGUAAUAUGGAAGCUGCUCUGGAGACAAUGCAGGAAUCUUUUGCCAAAGUCAAAAUCAUGCUUGGCGCAGUGGCCUGCUGCAGACAAUAUGUGUCCUCUAAAGAGUUGGCGCGCUUGAUGUCUGCGUGUCGAUAUACAUCGUGGGGCAAACCUGUCAGAUCCUUUAUCUUGCAUGCCAGCAAGGUGCUGUUCAACAUUCCUCCAGAAUUUCAGGGUUGCAAACUGCAAUUGAACGCGCAGCUUGCCCCUGGCAUGAUGAGCUUGGGAGGUCAUUGUCAGUGCUUGGCCGCGGAAGAACACUGCCGAAGGGCCAGGCGGCGAGCAGUGCCGGAGAUCAGAAGAGUCAAGACCAAGAUCUAUGUUUUUCGGCGGGGCCGUCGCGUGCAGAAGACAGUGAGUGUGCCAUUGUGGACCAUGCUUGAAAUCCAGAAGGAUGCCAGUUUCUUUUGCCCAAGGCAGCAGCUACGCGACACCACAAAGAACUCCGUGCUUGGGAUGGACUACUCAGACAUGUUUCGACCACGCCUCCCGCGAGCUAACUGGCUUGGGAGCCGGUGCCAGGUGCCGAACGGGGUGUUCCAAGCUCAUGCUGCAUGUGUACAGGCGAUUGAGGCACUCAUGGAAUUCUUGAAGUACGCGAAAGAAGAGGUGGAUGACAUCUUCUCGGAUGUUGGGAUGAAUUCCGACAUGCUUUCCCUACUGCGUGCUGGGGAGGUGGCUUUUGAUUGGACGAGCUUAUUGGCUCAACCGCCCACCCGAGCAUGCCUAACAGCAUUUGGCCGACUCGUGGAGAUGUUCAAGCCUUAUCUUGCCAAGGGUCGAUGGCCCCACGGCGAUGCUUUCCAGAAGGUGCCCCAGACAUGGUCCUUGCAGAAGCGGGAGUUCACGCAGCAAUACGAGCUGCUGGUGUCCAGAGUCC